AGAGCUCUGUUAGAGGACCAGGAACCAGGGUUCCUCCAUUCCUGCUACAGCUCUCAGUUAUUGGGGAGCUGAAAUUCGCCCCAGCCGUCCGCAGUUUGCCCACUCCAGCAUGGAGUGCGUCUUUCUGUGCCUGGCGACCUCCAAGGCGGGUUCCUGCAGCCCAGGCUUUGAGAGCGCAGCGCUGAGCACCUCACCGCCCUCUUUCUCGCCGGCCGGGUUUUGCUAGAGCAUCGUCGGAUGUGUUCCUGUGACCCGAUUUUUUUACUGGAGAGAAGUAAGCUGAGCAAAUUUCGGCCUCAAAUCCAGAGUCUGCCUCUAUUCCCUCCAGUCCUCUGGGUGUCGAUUGAAAGACGGAAAUUCAGUCCCGACGAGGCCUGCAGAGACUGGUCAGUUCCCAGAGCAGCCUUCAGGUGGCCUCCAGCUGAGGCUGAAACCGUAGGUGCGUUUCUUCUCAGGCCCAGAGUUUACUCAGAUGACGGUGACCCUGGUAUAGACUGCAGCACAUGCUUGGCAAGUACUCUACCACAGAACCACACUCAACCCCUACGGUGUCAUUUUGCACUACUUGAACCCAGAGCCUUGCACAAUAGAAUAUGUGUAAGUUUCCAGACGUGGAUAAGAGUGUUACCUUCACCAGAGGAGCUUCUGUUUUGCAAUGAACAGUGCUUAAUACAGAGAUACACAAGUGGUCAAAGAGCAGACCCUGCAGUUCAUGGCCCUAAGCACGACAUCUGUAUCAUCCCCCAAGAAUCUCAAGGCUCAAGGAACAUCAUGGAAGAGGGGGUGAAAAGAAUAAACGAGCUAGAGGUUGAAGUGUGGUGCAAAACAGUGACAUGGUAGAUGAACUCACGGCAGCUGUGGUUACAUGCACCAGGCCUGCACAGGACUAGGCUCUCAAUAUUUCAUCAUGGGCUCAUGAGGACCGAUCCUUCCUCUAGGGAACACUGACAGUUAAUGGUGGCUGGAGGGAGGGGUGUGCUUCUUCAGUGAUGGAGCCACUGAUAAGUUGCCCAUGCCGCAGUAGGUAACCUCUUACCCAUGCUCAUACAGGAAACCCUAAUUCAGUUCACUGAGUCACAGACAUACCAAAUGACAUGAAAGUAGGAAACAGACUUUUUAGGAAGAAGAAAGGUUUUAGCAGGA